UCCCAGAACGCUCUAUAUGCACAUUAGAAGCAUGCAUAUUAACAAACCCAAAUCUGUUUGUUGCUAUUGUCAGAAAGAAUUUGCACAUCCCUCCGGUUUACGAAGGCACACGUAAAGUUUUCACAGAUCGGGGGAGCAGAGACCUCGAUUUCCUUGCACUUUUUCCGUCUGUGGUAAAACUUUUGCUGAUAAAGAUAAGGUCGUGCAGCACUUUAAAACAGAGCAGGCCGAGACUCCCGUCCGAAUUCCGUGCACCCUUUGCGACAAGGAGUUUAAAGACAAGUGGGCCUUAAACCGACACAUUUCUACGCACACGACAGAGAAACCGUUUGUCUGCGCAGUUUGUGGGAGGAGUUUUGCAACGAUGGCUGUUUUGAAAGCUCAUGAGAGAACGCAUCAAGAGAAAUCUUCCCGAAAAGAGUUCAAGUGUCUGUUAUGUCCUCGAAUUUUCUGGUCCCCAUCUGGCGUUCGGAACCAUAUUAAGAGUUCCCACGAACAUGGGAGCAACUAUCCCUGCACCCUUUGCGACAAGAGGCUAACAUCUGCGGCUAGAUUGGAAUACCACGUGCAUGCCAAACACUCAACAAGUCAGGAAUUUAUCCAUUCCUGUCACAAAUGCGGAUUAAAAACCGUAUCCAAGGGGAAUCUAAAGAAGCACAUGGAAAGGGUCCACGAAGGUAUAAAACGGUACGGAUGCUACUUCUGUGGAGUAAAAUUCUACGCGCUUAGCGACCUUAUUCAUCAUUUUGGAAUACACACGCUGGAAAAACGAGUACAUUUGGAUUAA